AUGACAGCGCUGGCACCACCAAGACGAACCAACAGCCCAGAGGCCAUCAUCAACUGCACCAUUACACCCAGCAUGACGUUCACCAAGACAUCCCAGAAGUUUGGUCAAUGGGCUGACAGCAGGGCCACCACCAUCUACGGACUGGGUUUUUCCACUGAGCAACAGCUAAACCAGUUUUCAGAAAAGUUCAAGGAGAUUAAGGAUGCUGCACGUCUGGCACGAGACAAAUCACAGGACAAGGAAAUGGCCAACGCUGCACUCUCCAUCGCUGCUCCUCAGUUUAGUGAAGAUGGUGGCUGCGAGGUAAGAUCUGAACCAAUUGAGGUGGUUAAUGGUCCGGAGCUGCGAAUCGUCCGAAGUAGUGACGGUACUUCGUUCAACACCACGCUCACCUCUCAGAAAGAAAGAAGGAAGAAAGAAAUAAAAGAGGGUGCAGAUUGUAGUGUAAACAUAGUGUUCGAGCUAUUUGUUAUUCAUGAGUCUAACAGCCUCAGGGUAGAAGCUUUGAAUAAAAGUAACAAUUUAAUUGGUCAAUGGAGGAUCUUGUUAGCAGCAUGGCAGGAGAAUACAAAAAGAGUAAAAGAUGGGGUGGCUGAUUUAGAAGCCCAUGGAGGCCAUGGACCCAGUGACCUGCUAAAGGAUGAGCUGACUCAGUCCCUGGAGGAGCUGGAGGCUUUACUGAAGGCCAAGGAUGAGGAGAUUCACAUUUUGCAAAGCAAGACAUCAGAAUACGACGAGAUGGAACAUGAGAGAGAGGAAGCCAUCCUCAGAUUAACGGAGAUGGAGAUAAGAAACUCCGAGUUGGAGCGUCGCGUCCAGAACUCAGAGCAGAAUCUCCUUAAUUCUCUAGAGGAACGAGAUCGUGUGGACACGGAAAUCCAGAAAGCAAUAGAAAUUUUGGACAUCAAGAUCUUUGACCUCAACGACCUCCGCCAGAGCCUUGUGAAACUAACUGAGAGAAGGCAGUAGAA